GCCACAUUGUCAGCUGAAAAUAUAUGCAACAGCUGGUUUUCAAAGAACCGUUGCUUAUUAGUAUCGUAAAUUCAAUUAAAGAUUUUGUACAAAGCUAAAAUCAGAAGGAAUAAUGAGCGAAACUACCAGCUGCUCAAAUGUUCAGUCAUUCGUUCCACACGAUACAAAGGCAAACGAUGCCAAGUCGGUAUGGUCUCAUUAUUUGGUUGCUAGAGACAAAAGUGAGGUAGUCAAAUGCAAAAAGUGCAACAAAAUCUUACAAACGAAAGGUGGAUCCACUAAGGGCUUACACACGCAUUUAAAAACACACAAUUCAAACAUUGUGCCUAAGCGAGAUGAACGUGAUGAGUCGCCCGAGCAUGUUCCUUGCAACGAGCAUGUUCCUUGUUUUUUUUGUUUAAUGUUGUUUUAUUAACGGUUACAUUCAAAAGUACCUGGUAUUUAUAUUCUUAUUUGUGAUGUAUGCGUUCCUAAAUCACAUGGUUUUUAAAUACAAUUUAAAAAUUUAUUACUUUAAUAUUUGUCUGUAUUAAUAAAUAUGUGAUUUUAAAAUCAGUU